AUCCACCCCCCCCACAAACGCGCCAAGCUGUUGCUUCUAAAAAAAAAUAUCUCACCGAGACCCCCGCCCCGUCUCUCGCUACAGCCGAGACCCUUCCUCAAGACCCCCCCACUCCAGGUGUGCUUAAGUCCUCCUUCGGACUGGGGCUCCCCCUCUCCUCAAGGUGCAACUCGGAAGACCCCCUUCUCAAGCCUUUGAGGCUUUGCAAAGGAUGCCCCGCAAGCCGCCUAACCUCCCUCAGGAGAAACAUACCCCAAUGCAUGCACUCUCCUGGCUAGGCAGAAGCCUGCUGCAAGCUCUUGCCCGAAAGGGCACUGCGCCACCCCCACAAACCACCCUCUUCUCUCCCCUCCCGCUGUUGCCGCACGGCCACUUUCAAGGGAAGACCACGGAAGCCUUCCUAAGGGGAAUCCCACGACAUCCUCUUUGCCUGUUGCUAAGGAGAUCCCGCGACUUCCCACCCGUUGCUAGGCAACGUCCAAGCUGCUGCUCCUGCUGCUAAGGCCGUUUCUCCCCCUUCCCGCUCCCAGGGCUUGUUGCCAGGACGACCUUGACAGUAGCUCCGAACGGUUGCUAUGGAGAUUUCCAAACUGUAGCUGCUUCAGGUUCCCUUCCUCCUCGCCUCACAGCACCACAAAUUCCCAGGGUGCCUCACACUCAGCAUAGAUAGGCCUGUUGCAUUGCUGGGAGUGGUGUGGUCAAGGUAUCCCGGCUGGUGACCCUUUCCAUCAAUGAUGUCAGGAGGAGGAGUGAGUAUGACGAAAUCCCUCAUUGCUCAGAGGAACUUGAACAUUACAGUGGAGAAAGAGUCCCCAGAGAGUAUAUCCCAAGCCUUGGCUUCUCUUCAUACCCUCCGGCUAGACAGAGAGAGAAUUAGCUGCAUCGCAAAUCUGCAAGGAUUAGAGCAGGUGCACAGCCUCUACCUGCAACAGAACCAAAUAGAGAAAAUUGAGAACUUGAGCUGCUUUCCAAACUUGACUUUUCUGACACUAGCCGGGAACCGCAUUAGCCAAGUGGAGAACCUCCAUAGUCUCCUGAAGCUGCAGUUUCUGGAUCUCUCACAGAACCGCAUUGAAACACUGGACACAGAUGAGCUGCCCCGGAGCCUCGUGAUCCUUGACCUGACAGGAAACGAAUGCACUAAGCAGAACAGCUACAGGGAGCGCGUGUUGGCAGCUCUGCCCCAUCUGAAAGAACUGGAUACGCAGGGUGUUCCCAAUCAGAAAGACACCGUCCAAACUGAAGAAGAGGAGGAGGACAGUUCAGAAGACAGCGACGAGGAUUGGUCAGAUCUCGCUAUACCUCUGAGCGUAGAAAAAGACUUCUUUGCCGACCUCCGUGAGGAGUUAAGAGCCCACUCUGCCCAGCGGAGGGAGGAGGAAGCGAGGGAAUACGAAGACCGCUUGGAGGAGCUGAGGCAGAUGCAGAAUCUGAGAGAGCUGGUGUUCAACACAAGCGAAAGGCCGCCCUGGCCAUUCGGUGUACCAGAAGUAAUAUCCGCAGCCCCAGAGGGGAGCGUGCUCCAAAGUGACCAUCACCACCAGCCUCCUUCCAACCUUUCGAAAACAGCAAACCCAACACCCAAAAAGGGGCCAAGAGCCUCAAAGGGGAAGGCUGGCGGCUCAAGUCCAACACAGCUGAAAACUUCAAAGGGAGAGGGGUCUGGUGUAACGAAAACCACAAACAAAGGUGUAAAGAAAUGAUUAGUGCAUCCUUUUGCUUUUCGUUUUUAAUUUCUGCUUUAUUCUGUCAAACAAAUACAAUACUUCUUUGAAUCUAA